AUUUCGGAUGCUGCGGCAGCCGCACCUGUCGCUCCGCAAAAUACGCAAAAUUACCGCGCGCACGCUUACAUCGCAAAUUAAAUAUGUAGGAGCAUCUUAGUGAAAUGAUUAGUGAGUGUUUCGUGAAAGUGACUGCAAACACUUAAGGGAAACUGCGACUGCGAAUCUCAAGAUUAACCCGAGGCGGGGCGAUGUUAAGUGUGAUUGUGGCGGCGCUUGCGUGCCUUUGGCUGGCACGCGCCUCGCCGGCUGAGUCGCACAGUCUACGUUCCAACGCACUCAAUACGUAUACCCCUAAGGAUUUGAGUAUAAUUCUAGCGAAUAUAGACGAGCGACUGCGUGUGUUAGACACCAUAACCGCAGUUCAAGUGAAACAAGCGCGACGUUUGGACGUAAUACAAGAUAAACUUGACCGCCUGGAAACCACGCUGUCUUUGAAACUUGAAAGGGCACAGUUGGCUGCAGAGAGACUAGAACACAGACUUCACAUGCUACAGACGAGUGUACAGACUUCAAUCAAAGAGAGCAGUGACAAAAUAGAAAAGAGCCAGGCGAAAAUUACCGAGGUCGCCAAAAAUUUAACGAAUCAAAUUAACUCGCACACCCAUUUACUGGAAAAAGUGAGUGGUGCCUAUGCGGACACGUGGCGUCGCGGCCUUCUGAUAGAGUCCUUGGUUCGAGACGGAAUGUCAUUGGUGAACGUGACGAGACGGGAGCUCGCCGACGGCCUGCGGGCGCUUGCGAGGCGACAUAGAGACGCACGUCUUACGUCUGUAGACGUUGAAGCAACAUUUUCAAAGCGUCUUGAAGAUAACACUAAUAAAAUAGACAUGAAGAUGCAAGAAGUUUUAGACGCUCAAAAGCACUUUGUUGAUUCCUGUCAACGAGUUCAACUCGACGAUCCGACGCAUGUAGCUGAUGUGCUGGACAAAUUAAUCGAUUCCCUCAUUAACAAAACAGCGUCAACAUUUCGGGAAUUACAAAACAUUCAAGUAACAAUGAGAAACCAUGACAAUAAAGUUAUGAAAAUAUUAAGCAAUCGCCCAACACAAAUGGACAUUCCAUGCAAACGUCUCGAAAAUCUGUUCCGAAACACGACACAUACUACUUUUAAUGAGAAAGAAUUACAACAACUGACUGAGAAAUUCAUUGGAUUGACGAAUAGAGCUGAUGCAGCUUUACAGCGAUUGGAGGUUCGUCUGACUGACGACACGGAAGAGCACGAGCCAGAUUCUGACGUGACUGACGCCGCAGAUCGACUAUUUCAACAACUCAAAGGAAUCAAAAAUGAACACAGCGAUGAAGAUUACGAUUUGGAAGACGGAGAUCCCAGCUAUUUUGAUAAUAGUAUGAAUGAUUUUAUGGACGAAGAUCAAGAGGUUCUAAGCCAUAGAUCAAAUAAAGCUAGAUAUACAAAUACAGACAGCACUCCUUCUAAGCCGCACCGAAGACAUCUGCACAAACAUCCAUAUGAUCGGGGCCCUUUGUAAUACAUAUUCAUAAAAAAUAACUUUUAAGAUUAUUAAACAUUAUAAAUAUUAUUG